AAAUUGUUCAAAUAAUAAAAAAAGGGAACUUCCCUGACGGAGUAUGUAAUCGUGUCCCUUUACGGAGCUUAACCUUUAAAAAUUUUGAAACUUUUGAAUCGAGAGCAUCGAUUUUGAACCAAAUAAUGGAUGCAUUGGGAGAUAAUGAGAUCAAGAUGAUUGGAGUAUGGGGGAUGGGCGGUGUGGGCAAAACCACACUGGUUAAACAAGUAGCCGAACAAGCUAAGCAAGGGAAUCUGUUCACAACAGAAGUCUACAUAGAUGUAUCCUGGACUCGAGACCUGGAAAAACAUCAACAAGGAAUUGCUGAAAUUCAACAGAAAAUUGCAGGGAUGUUACAUUUGGAGUUUACGGGGAAGGAUGAAUCCACAAGAGCAGUUGAACUGAAUCACAUACUGAAGAAGGAGAAGAUCCUUCUUAUCUUAGAUGAUAUUUGGAAGGUGAUAGAUCUGGAGCAAGUUGGAAUUCCUUGUAAAGAUGAUCGGACGGCAUGCAAAGUAGUGUUGACGUCAAGGCAGCAUGGCAUGUUAUCUAAGGAUAUGGGUACUUGUAAGGACUUCCAUGUUAAUCAUCUGUGUGAUGAGGAAGCUUGGAAAUUAUUUCAGAGGACUGCAGGUGAUUUCGAGCAGGGGCAUGAAUUGCGGCCGAUAGCAACUGAAGUAUUAAAAAAAUGUGAGGGUCUUCCAGUAGCUAUUGUAACAAUUGCAACGGCCCUAAAGGGUGAGGGAGUGGCUAUAUGGAGGAAUGCCUUGCAGGAGCUGAGAAUGUCUACACCAACAAACAUAGAAGGAGUGACUGAAAAUGUGUACUCGUGUCUGGAGUGGAGCUACAAGCAUUUGAAAAGUGCUGAAGCGAAGUCAUUGUUCUUGCUCAUUGGUUCACUGGGCGAUGGUGAUGUUUCAUUGCAGGACUUGUUGAAAUAUGGCAUGGGUUUGGAUUUGUUUGAUAACAUCGAUUCAUUGGAGCAAGCAAGAGAUAGAGUAGUUGCCCUAGUGAAAAUCCUCAAAGACUCAAGCCUGUUGCUUGACCCAUUUGAAGAUGGGCACUAUUAUGAACGUGGGAGUUUAAUUUUUGCGGAGGAAGAUAACGGGUUUGUCAGAAUGCAUGAUGUGGUUCGUGAUGUUUGCAAAGCAAUUGGAUCGAAAGAUCAUCGAUUUGUGGUGAAAGAAGCUGUUGGAUUACAGGGAUGGCAACAGAGGGAUCAUGAGUUGGGAAAUUGUACUCGUAUCUCUUUGAACUGCAGAGAUAUUCGUGUGCUUCCAGGAGGAUUGGUAUGUCCCAAACUUCAAUUCUUCUUGGUGAAUGGUAACCAGAAUUAUUUGAAAUUUCCAGACGCUUUUUUCAAAGAGAUGAAAGAAGUCAGAGUUUUGAGGUUGUUUAGAAUUUGGGGUACACUAGAGUCUUCAUCACUUCACCUUCUCUCAAAUCUUCGAACAUUGUGUCUACAUAAUUGUUGGAUUGGGGAAGGCAGAAAAAUACUUGGAGAACUGAAGAAACUACAAAUUCUUAGUCUUGUAGGUUGUGGUUGCUUUGAAGUGCUUCCCAAAGAAAUGAGUCAAUUGACUGAUCUAAGGAUGUUGACUUUGCGUGGCAAAAAUUUUCUUGAUCCAGAAAAUGUGAUAUCAAGUCUAUCUCAGUUACAGCAUCUCUGUAUUAGAAAUGCUUUCAGGGUACCGGAGAGAGGAAUUGCCUAUGAGUUGAAACACUUGUCUUGUUUGAGGGCUUUGGAAUUAAAAAUACCAGUUUCAAGUUUGCUUCUGGAUGAUGUAUCCGUUAAGAACCUCACUAGAUAUGAUAUAUCUAUAGGCUUCCUGGACCAGGACCUGGACCAGGACUAUGAACGUAUAAGGACCUCAAGCAGGUUGAUACUCAAUGGGGUCGAUGUCCCACAUCUGGUGAGGUGCUUCUCCAGGCUGUUAAAGACAGUUGAGGUUCUAAAUUUGAAGGGCUUGAAUGAUACAAAACAUUUUUUUAAUGAGUUAGACUGCGACGGUUUUCCUAAACUCAAGUAUCUGUCUAUCUCUCUGAGUGGUGCGAUGCAAGACAUCAUCAAUACAAUGGACAUGGAAUGGGUCGACCCACCACAUAGUGCCUUUCCUCGCUUGGAGGACUUACGGCUUAGAGAUCUCGAGCAAUUGCAAGCAGUAUGGCGUGGCCCAAUUCGGAUUAGUUGGUUUACCAACUUGAGAGUUCUGUUAAUAAAGGAAUGUAACAGCUUGAAAUAUAUCAUAUGGCUUCCUACAACACAAGCAAGGGAAUCAGUACUAGUGUUUCCUCAACUGGGAUCCUUGCAACUGGAAGGUCUGGCAAAUCUCAUUAACUUCUACUCCACGGGAGCCAGUGGCAGCCAGGAGCCAUGCAGCUCUUUUUUCAAUCAGGUUGCACUCCCCAGGUUGGAGUCCUUACAUUUGGAGUUAAGUUUGGAUAAUGUCAGAACAAUGUGGGACAACCAAGAUCCUGUAGGUUGCUUUCAAAAUCUAAAUUCAUUGAGAAUAAGUGGUUUGACUUCCUUGAAAUAUCUUUUUCCAGCUUCAGUUGUGAAGGGUCUUAAGCAACUUGAGGACCUAAGCAUAAGCUCUUGUGGAGUGGAGGAAAUUGUUGCAAAUGAAAAUGGAGUUGAAGCAGUGCCUAUGUUUGAAUUCCCUAGUCUAACAUCUCUCAAGCUUUGGGACUUAGGCCAGCUCAAAAGGUUCUAUCGGGAGAAGUAUACUUUGAGUUGUCCACUCUUGAAAAAAUUGUAUGUAAGGCGUUGUGAUAAAGUGGAGCUACUAUUUCAAGAAAAAUGUCUUGAAGGGGAACUUGAUAAACAACCACUUUUCUUGAUCGAAAAGAGCACAUUUCCUAAUGUGGAGGAAUUGAUGUUGCAUUUUAUGGGCCCCAUGGAGAUAUGGCGGGGCCAAUUUUCAAGGGAAUCAUUUGGCAAACUAAGAGUUUUGGAGAUAAAAAUUUGUGAACGGAUUCCAGUUGUAAUCCCCUGCAGUAAGCUACUAGUAUUACAGAAUCUGGAGCAACUCAACGUGCAAGAUUGUAAUUCAGUGGAAGAGGUAAUCCAAGAGGAAGGACUUGCGGGUGAGACAAUUCCACGGUUAACUAAAAUAUGCUUAGUGAGUCUACCUAGUCUUAUGCAUCUAUCUGGGUUACAGCCAAUUCUUCAAAAUCUUCAUUCUCUAGAUGUAGUUGACUGUGGAAAUUUGAUGAAUUUAGCAUCACCCUCAAUGGCUAAAAGACUAGUGCAACUCAAAGAGCUUUCUAUAACAUCCUGCUCCAUGGUGAAAGAAAUUGUAGGAGCUGAUGUGAGUGAAGCAACAGAUGAUAUUAGUUUCACCAAUUUAGAGAAGCUACAACUUGGGAAUUUAGUUGUUCUGGAAAGCUUCUCCUCAGCAAGUAACACCUUCAAAUUCCCAUCCUUGGAAAAAGUAGAGAUAGAGCAACUACCAAGGCUUACACAUCUAUACAAGAUAAUCCCUGGCUUAGGUCAGAAUCUUCAAAAGCUUCGUAUUCUAGAAGUAUCAGGCUGUGGGAACUUGGAAAUUUUGUUAACACUGGCAAUGGCUAAGGCACUGGAGCAACUUGAAAAGCUUACUGUGAAGGACUGUGAAACGCUGAAAGAAAUAGUUGAAAAUGGAGGUGAAGCAACGGAUGAUGAGAUUGUUAACACGAAAUUGCAAGAGCUACGACUUUUUAAUUUACCAAUUCUGAAAAGCUUUUGCUCAGCAAGUUACACCUUCAAAUUCCCAUCCUUGACACACAUAUGGAUCACAUAUUGCCCUCAGAUGGAAUAUUUUUGCAUGGGACAUUCAAUGACACCAAGGUUAGAGGAAUUGUACAUGAAUGGUCUUAGCCUGGAUUUGGAGAAUGACCCGAAUACUAUCAUACGGAAUUAUUUUACAGAGUGGGUACGUUAUAAUUCCCGUGACUUCCUUCUACUCUUAACACCAUCUUUUCCCUUCACUAUUCUCUGCAUAUUGUGAAUUCUAAUUCUAAUUCUGUUUGUUUACCAUCUCUCAAUUUCUCUUGCUACGAGAAGAAGACAUAGAGCAAGCCCAUGGAAUUUUCAUGUUUUUCAAGUCUAUUACACUUGUUUGGUUUCUUAAAAUAAGGAAUCUACAUUGAUGGAGGCAGAAUUUUCCAUGAUUUGUGUGGAUUGAUCUUUUUUUUUUGUAUCCUUAGGCUACUUCAUUUAUAGUUUGUUUGGACUAAGUUUGUUUUACUGUCUGUUUUUUGUUGCUCAAGUAUUUUAAUGCUUCACUUUUUAAAACAUGACCGGACUGCACCCCAAUUGAAACAAAUUUAAGAUCCAUGGGAAAAGGUUAUAGAAAAUUUAAAACAUGGAUUUCCAGUCAGUUGAGAUGCGGACCUAGAGAGAGAGCCUAUGUUGUGGCUGAAACUAGAAGUUAUAAUGUUCAUGAGAAUUAGAUUUGUGUCUAACUUGGUCCAAUAGUGAAGUUAGAAUAGUUGGAGAUGAAACUUGAUGAUGUGUUGAUUAUUUAAAAAAUGACAGGCUUCUCAUGUACAUUGUUGUUUUACGAUUGGGGUUGUUAGAAACUCUAAAAUUCUUGUAAAAAAGGUUAUAUAUAUCUAUAGAAAAUCCAAAUGCAGAGGGAUAGUGAAAGUCAAGUGUAGUGGUUGCAAAAGAAGUGAGAAUAGAUAUGAGAUCUUAUCUUUGAUCCAACAUAGUUAUAAUCAAGUUAGAGGAAGAAAUUUGGUAGACAAGUUCAUUUAAUGACCAAGUUAGUAUAGAUCAAAAGUUGUCCUUAAUCAUUCGAGUUUGUAUUGUUCUAGAGUUGGGUGUAUGUUGUCAAUCCUUACUUGAGCACAGAAAUUUACCAGUUUCCCUUGA